AUGGCCACCCCAAAUGGAAAGAUGACGACUAAGGUCGGAACUCUUCUUGCUAAAGGGCUAGGCAUCAAAAAGGGCAAUCAAGAUCCAUUCGGAUCCGAUCCUGCUUACGGAGUGUCAAGUGUUUCUCUUGGUUCGGCAGGCCCCUAUGUCGAAGUAGAGCCAGACUCAGGCGGAUGGGUGCGUGAAUUGGUACCCGGGCGCCAUCAAGUUCUGCCAUACUUUCUCAAUCUCUUCCCGUUCUUGCGGUGGAUUACCAGAUAUAACCUCCAGUGGUUUAUCGGUGACCUUGUUGCUGGGAUCACGGUGGGCGCAGUUGUCGUGCCGCAGGGUAUGGCGUAUGCAAAGCUAGCUGAACUGGAACCCGAGUUUGGGCUUUAUUCAUCAUUCAUGGGUGUCUUGAUAUAUUGGUUUUUCGCAACCUCCAAGGACAUUACAAUUGGACCCGUUGCAGUCAUGUCGACUCUCGUUGGUCAUGUUGUCAUCAAGGUCAAGAAGGCUCAUCCUGAAAUCCCAGGGCAUGUUAUUGCCAGUGCCCUUGCAGUCAUCUGCGGCGGCAUUGUCACUUUCAUCGGCCUGAUUCGAUGUGGCUGGAUCGUGGAUUUCAUCCCUCUGACCGCAAUCACCGCCUUCAUGACGGGCUCUGCCAUUAGCAUUGCGGCUGGCCAAGUGCCUUCUAUGAUGGGCAUGAGCGGUUUCAACACACGUGACACCACUUACAAGGUUAUCAUCAACACCUUGAAACACCUGCCAGACACCAAAAUCGACGCUGCUAUGGGCCUGACUGCCCUGUUUCUCCUUUACCUUAUCCGCUGGGCGUGCAGCUAUGGUGCCAAAAGGAACCCUAGUCGGAAGAAGCUAUUUUUCUUCCUGGCGACUUUGCGGACCGUUGUCGUUAUCCUUCUUUAUGUCAUGGUCAGUUGGCUUGUGAACAGACACCAUCGCAAGAAGCCGACCUUCAAGAUUUUGGGCAAUGUGCCUAGAGGGUUUCAACACGCUGCUGUUCCCCAGGUUGAUGCUAAGAUUGUAAAGGCUUUCGCUGGGGACAUCCCUGCUGCAGUUAUAGUUCUGCUGAUUGAGCACAUUGCCAUAUCCAAGUCGUUCGGGCGUAUCAACAAUUACACCAUCGAUCCGUCCCAAGAACUGGUUGCCAUCGGCGUUACCAACCUUCUUGGUCCUUUCCUUGGAGGAUAUCCCGCCACAGGAUCCUUUUCAAGAACCGCCAUUAAAUCUAAAGCCGGAGUGCGCACACCAUUUGCUGGUGUCAUCACUGCUAUUCUCGUUUUGCUCUCCAUUUACGCGCUCCCGGCAGUCUUCUUUUAUAUUCCCAAUGCGUCUCUAUCUGCCGUCAUUAUCCACGCGGUAGGGGAUCUAAUCACACCGCCAAACGUCGUCUACCAAUUCUGGAGAGUCUCCCCACUCGAAGUCGUGGUUUUCUUUGUCGGUGUCAUUGUCACCAUCUUUUCGACAAUUGAAAACGGCAUCUACUUUACCGUAUGCGUAUCACUUGCCAUUCUCCUUUUCCGAGUUGUUAAAGCGCAAGGGCGGUUCCUUGGACGAGUCAAAGUUCACUCUGUGGUGGGAAACCAAACUUCUCCCAGCGGCGGGAAAUACGACGGAUUAGGAUCGAGUGAUGGAGCCCUUACUAGUACCAACCCGUCGUUCCGAAACAUAUUUCUUCCUCUUAAUCAUCUUGAUGGUUCAAAUCCUGAGAUUGAAAUUGAACAGCCUUCACCAGGUAUCUUCAUUUAUCAGUUCUCUGAAGGAUUCAAUUAUCCUAACGCAAAUCACUACCUCGACUAUCUCGUCACCACAAUCUACAAACACACAAGACGAACAAACCUAGAUAGCUACCCAAGUGUGGGCGAUCGGCCAUGGUGUGAUCCGGGCCCUCGCAAGGGUCAGGUUGAAGAAGAUCGCUCACAUCUCCCCACCCUAAAAGCUAUUAUCCUCGACUUCUCCUCCGUCAACAACGUUGAUGUCACCUCCACCCAAAAUCUAAUCGAUGUUCGCAACCAACUCGAUAAGUACGCUGCUCCGCAACCCGUCCACUGGCACUUUGCCCACGUCAACAACCGCUGGACCAAGCGUGCUCUCGUUUCCGCCGGAUUCGGCUAUCCAACCCCCAGCCCUGGAGGAAAUAUUCGAUGGAAACCGAUUUUCAGCGUUGCUGAGCUGGGCAGUAAUCACACUGGCGAUCCUGACGCGAGCCCCGAACAGCGAAAUAACUCAUGGCAACCUACUUCGGGAAAGCAGUUCGAUAUCGAGGCAGUAGAACCUGCACCAGUUGAGAAAUCUCCCAUUAAAAUAACUGCAAAGGACGUCGAAAAUGGAAGCAGCGGGUCCGAGCACGAGGUUAGAACGGAUUGGGAUCGUAGACAAGGAUAUAUCGCUGAGAGCCGCAGGAUUGCUGUUGUCCACAGUCUCAAUCGACCUUUCUUCCACCUGGAUCUUACCAGCGCGCUGCAGAGUGCUCUGGCAAAUGCAGAGGCUUCUGCUGUUGCUACGAAGCUUCCAGAUAGUUAG